UUGACUUUCAUAUCAUCAGAGCGAACUUUUUGUGCGAAAGGUCAAGAUCAUUCCGGGCCAUGUCUUGGUGACUCAGGAGGCGGUUUCUUCUUUAAAAUAGGGGGCAAAUGGUUUAUUCGUGGAAUUAUUUCAGCUACAGUUUUGGACGCUGAUGGAGGUUGCGAUGUAAGAACACCAGCGAUUUAUUCCAAUGUAUUUUUAUAUACUGACUGGAUCAUUGAAAAAACCGAAGUUUCUGUUACUUUAAUUGAAGAUGAAGUUGAAAUAAUUAAAAGGUCUGAUUGGUAUGCUUCACCGCCAGGACCUGACAUUCUUUAUUUGUCCCUUCCUUCCAAACGAAUAAUGAUUUCACAUACAGUAACAAAUUCUUGUGAUGAUCUAGAAACCUGCAAAAACAUCAUGGAAAAUCUUCAAAGAAAUCAUCAAAAGAAAGGAUUGAAUGACAUUUAUUGUAAUUUCUUUAUUGGUGGUGAUGGAUUGAUUUUUGAAGGACGUGGAUGGGAAAUUCGUGGUGAACACACAGUUCGUUCAUCAAAUGAAUCUCAUAACGAUGCAGUUUGUGUAGCUUUUAUCGGAAAUUAUCAGGAUCAAGUUCCAAAGAGCUUNAAUGUUCAUAACGAACAUCAUUUCUUUCCACGAGUUGAGCAACCAACAAAGGAACUUUUAUUUUUAUGCGAGUUAUGUGCAUCGACAUUUAAAACGGCACCAGAGCUUGUUGAACAUUUCAAUGCAAAGCAUAAUAAACAACCAAAACCUGGUGAAGUUCCUUCAACUUCUGAUCGUAUUCCCAGAAAAGCUGAUGAACAACGAAAAGGUGGCGUUCAUCAAACAUCUACAAAAUCUCGUCAAUAUCUUUGCGAAGUUUGUGGUAAAUCAUACACACAAUCUUCUCAUUUGUGGCAACAUUUAAGAUUCCAUCAAGGUGUGAAACCAUUUGAAUGUUCUUAUGAAGGUUGUAAUCGUCGAUUUACAAUCCGACCUGAUCUAAACGACCACAUCCGAAAAUGUCACACUGGUGAACGACCUUUUUUGUGCACCACUUGUGAUAAACGUUUUUUGACCGGAUCUGUUUAUUACCAACAUCGAUUGAUUCAUCGUAAUGAACGUCGUUAUGGAUGUGAAGAAUGUGGAAGACGAUUUUAUCGUGCAGAUGCUUUAAAAAAUCACAUGCUUAUUCAUACUGGUACGAAACCUUAUACUUGCGCUGAAUGUGGCAGAAUGUUUCGUCAACGUGGAGAUCGCGAUAAACACCUUAAAGCACGUCAUCCACAUGCUGGAGCUGCAAACUCACCAAAGAAAGAACGAAUCAAAUCAUUUGGUCGUGGAAGAACAAAAGACAACACGAAAGCAAUUAAAAUAAUGGAAGAAGAUGGAGGAUCCUAUGGAUUCAUGGAGGAUGUUGAAGAAGUUUUAUUGAGCAAUCUCACCAGUUCACAACUUCAAAUGUGCGAUGAAAAUUUAGACAUUCAGUUAUUGGAAAAUCUCAUUUUUGCUGAUCAUGAAAGAAGUUACAAUGCUUUAGAUGUUGAAACAUCGGAAACAGUGCUCAGAGCUUUUGAUGAAGAUCGUAACAUUAAAGAAGUUUCUGAUACUGAAGAAUUUGCUCAAGAAAUUAAAAGAAUGAAGUUGGAUAAUACAGGAAAGAACAAUGAGAAGAAUGAUCAAGUUGAAGUUUCAUUUAUGAAAGAUGUUGAAACUGUGCCUGAACGUAAUUUAAUCAUCAAUGAUUACCUGAAAUAUGUUCAAAUUAAAAAACUCUUUCAAUGUGAAUUCUGCGAGUCAAUUUUCAGUCACCCAAAAUCGAUGCUUCAUCACGUCUCUAGCCAUGCACCAUCGGAAAAUUUUCAAUGCAGAAAAUGUGAAUUAUAUAAUUUAUCAUUGAGAGGAAUAUUGUUACACCGACGGAAUGAAUGCGUUCUCAUCCGAGAUCAUUCCAAUCAACUGAAAGAUUUCGCUCGUGUUUGGAUGUGCAACGUUUGUGAUGAAGUGUUUCGUGGACUUGAACAGCUUUUUCUGCACCGUCAUAACGAACAUCAUUUCUUUCCACGAGUUGAGCAACCAACAAAGGAACUUUUAUUUUUAUGCGAGUUAUGUGCAUCGACAUUUAAAACGGCACCAGAGCUUGUUGAACAUUUCAAUGCAAAGCAUAAUAAACAACCAAAACCUGGUGAAGUUCCUUCAACUUCUGAUCGUAUUCCCAGAAAAGCUGAUGAACAACGAAAAGGUGGCGUUCAUCAAACAUCUACAAAAUCUCGUCAAUAUCUUUGCGAAGUUUGUGGUAAAUCAUACACACAAUCUUCUCAUUUGUGGCAACAUUUAAGAUUCCAUCAAGGUGUGAAACCAUUUGAAUGUUCUUAUGAAGGUUGUAAUCGUCGAUUUACAAUCCGACCUGAUCUAAACGACCACAUCCGAAAAUGUCACACUGGUGAACGACCUUUUUUGUGCACCACUUGUGAUAAACGUUUUUUGACCGGAUCUGUUUAUUACCAACAUCGAUUGAUUCAUCGUAAUGAACGUCGUUAUGGAUGUGAAGAAUGUGGAAGACGAUUUUAUCGUGCAGAUGCUUUAAAAAAUCACAUGCUUAUUCAUACUGGCACGAAACCUUAUACUUGCGCUGAAUGCGGCAGAAUGUUUCGUCAACGUGGAGAUCGCGAUAAACACCUUAAAGCACGUCAUCCACAUGCUGGAGCUGCAAACUCACCAAAGAAAGAACGAAUCAAAUCAUUUGGUCGUGGAAGAACAAAAGACAACACGAGUUUGUAUGAAGCGAAACCAGAUUUUUCUUUGUAG